AUGGAAUUCACCUUAUUAAGCACUUUCAGAUGGAGCAGUAAAAUGCUGUACCUCCUAGGAUUUGAGCCAGACGUUGUCGCACUGUAUCCGGCAAUUCAGUACCCAGUUCCAGCGGAUACUCCCAACCUUCAACAAUUUGUCACAUGGGAACACACUGAGUCUUACGAACCACCAGAGAGUCAAAUGGUUAUAAGUCAACAAGAGAGAUUUAAACUUGAACGGUCUUACUUUCUAGAGGAUAUAGAAUACGCACUAUUAGCCUGUGAGAAGACUGGAUCACCCGUCCUCCCAGUGUCAUUCUUUUUGACAGAGGUGUGGAAUAUUCUUGCAAAUGUCAAUGAGAAGUCGUUUGAUGAAUUGCCCGUCCAGUUUGAGGACGUCCAAAUUUUAUCCAAUAUCAACCACUUCGGAGAAGGAUUUGGUCAAAUUUGGAUUCAAAUUCUCCCGGGUACCGGCGAGUUUUCUGUAUUCCAAGAAUGGGUACAAGAAAGAGAAAAAUCGUACAGCACAGAGGUCAAAACAGUCGAUGAAGUGACGCCAAGCAAUAUGAUUUUAACAGGAAAAAUUAAAGAGUGGGAAAAUCCGGAAAACCCUUCAACCUAUGCUGAUCUAUUCAACAGUGAUAAAAUGGGCAAAGUGCGAAAUGGAGGUCAAGAUAAAGACUUGUCUGAUGCAAUGAAAUUUACCAAUGGAUUUCAAACAAAGCGCAUAUCUGAUUGGCAUUUAAGUGAUCAAGGGUCAAAAAUAAAUUUCUUUGUCAAUACGGUUGUUCGGCAUCUUGAAUGUGAUGGGAUCACAAUUUAUGGUCUCAAGACUACACCAAUCACAGAAACAAUCAUAAAUGCGGAUGAAAUCCAGAUAGAACGAGUUCUUUUUGUGCCAUACGGAGAAACUAUGUUCAAGAACCCACAUGAGUUUCUGCGGGUAAGUCUCCAAACCAUUGUAGAAAAUUCGAAUCACGCCACUGUCACAACGGCAGACAAGCCCCUCCAAAUUCAUAUUUCUGGUGAAAAAAGUGGACGGCUAGUUCCUUCAUUACCAGAUAUCUUUUCAGAAGUCCUUCGGUCAAAUGACAACAACCUACAUGUGGAAAUGAUUCCUGAUGAUCUGUCCAAAGUUAACUGCUUAAUCACAGGAUCUUACCUAUCUAUCGUAUCUGAUCUGAAAUCAAUACCGUCUCUAACUUCUCGUAAGAACUGUGAUGAAGCCUAUCUUCUCACUAUUACGCCUGCUCAGAUUCAGAUGAAAGAUGUGAAGCAGGCAGCUCAAAGCUGUGGAAACCACUAUGCGGUGAUAUAUGAGCAAGUAUUCGCUUCACUCCGAUACGGGCUCUUGAAGAAGAGAAACCAUCCAAAGCAGUUAAGACUCUGUUACAUCUCAGAAGACGUACAUUCCAGUUUGGAGGCUUUGCGUUUGAAAGAGAACUCUGACAGUAAAACGGUGAUUUUGAUCGUCCAAAAACCUCCACCUGCAAACCCUAUUAUUACCAUCCAAAGGAUAUUGAGAGAGACGGAAAAAAUUGGCCUCAAAUGUCACCUAUACCUUAUGUUAGACGACGACGUCCCCACCUUCUCUCCAAGCAGCAACUUCUAUCGCGAACAAAUAGAUCGAGAGAUGACCGUGAACGUACUGAAGAAAGGCAAGUGGGGUAGUUACUAUAAAAUCCCUAUCCAAAAAAAGACGCACGAAGAAGUGGACCAACUCGUCACUCUCGUUAACCAUCCAACGGAUGUGGAUUUUAAGUUCAUCGGUUUAAACCCAGUUGUCAAAGAACUCGGAAAGGAGGAGGCACCUACUCUGCUUGACUACUCUGGCAUUUCGCUAUCAGGGCAUCCAGUGAUGGGAAUCGCUUACAAACCAAAAGGAUUUGGAGGAAAGAUCUCCAUCGAUCCUGUAUUCCAAUGGAUUGUUCCACCAUCUGUUUCCCUCGUUGGGGCAGCUGCUCUUCCGUCCGCAUAUUUAAUGGCCCACAUGAUAAUGGACAAAAUAAUAAGAUGGCCGCUCAUUAAGUCGGCUUUUAUACUGAACGGACAAACGCCUAUCGGAAUUGCAUGUAUAUCCGUAUGUCUCAACAUGGGCUAUGAUGUCUACGUGACUAUUCCGAACAAAGCAGCUAGAAAACUCUUGAUGAUUCUCUUUCCUGAGAUACCCGGUUCGCAUAUCACAGACCAUAAUAACGAGGACUUCUACGUGCCCAUGAUGCUCGGGACAGGCGGGUUGGGGGCGGAAAUAAUCGUAAGUGACCUGCCCCGACGUCAAAUGCUUACCGCGUGGAAGUGCAUCGGGGAAUGGGGCAACUUUGUGAAUCUCAACGAGGAGACCAUGGACCACAACGCACCACUUCCUAUGGAGGGAUUCAGAGUCGGCACCAACUACUACGGUGUUAAGCAGUUCAAUGUAAUAGACUUACCCAAAGAGCAUAAACUCCGCCUUCACGCCCUGGUCAGCGAGAGCUUGACAUCGGACCGAAUCGUCCACAUGCCGCAUCAAAUUCUUGACGCGGAUAACCUGAGCCAGUUACCGCGGUCCCUUGAGCUGAUUACAGAACAAGGUGGAAAAUUACUGCUGGAUGUAAGUAAAGAUUACGCUGGUAAAAAGACCCACAAAUCGACACGAGAGAAACUUAACGGGUUGAAUGGACACAGUGAAUGGGUCGCAAAUGGAGACGCUCACCACACUUACAUCAUUCUAACUAUAACUGCCGGGAAAGCAGUCAGUACAAUAGAUUGGUUACUGGAACGUGGCGUAAAAAAAAUUGUCAUGGCCACAUUGGACAUGCGAGGCGGUGAAAGUGCAAUUCGGAAAAUAAAUAAUUCUACUAUAAAGCACGAUGCUAUGUUCCUUAUGGUAUCCAACGAUAUGAUGAAGACGGCCUCAGGCGUGAAAAAACUGCUCGGAAAAGCAGAGAGACUAGGAAAAAUAUCAACGAUUUUGGCAAUCUCACUGGACGAACAUGUUGACAUCCUGUCAAAUGUUGGAGAUGAAUUGAAGCGAUUAAAAAGCGACUGUUCACUGAUAAAUAUACAAGCGGCUACGAGUACUUAUGAGUCAGAUGAAAUGGUUACAAUAGUAUGCAGUGAUGAUGCAGACUGUUCUCAUGCCCUUGGUCAAGCCAUGGCGGAUCUAGAUAAGACGGCGACUUACGUCGUUUCCAGUAAAAUUGAGAACAGAUUAAAUGAUGCAGCUCCAACACCAAGCGAAAAGCUUACCGACUACUUACCCUCCUCCAUCCACGAAUUGGAGGAAAUGGGAGCAGAUUUGUGUUCAAAGGACUCCCAAAUUGACGGUCAGAAUGCUGCUGAGUUCUUUUACACACCCUCUCUGUCACCCAGAACAACAACAGAAAUAGAUGACGUAUUCCCUGUUUUUAUAGUUCCUGCUUUUUGCCAAACUCAGCUGAAACCUUUGAUUUCGAAACAAAUGUAUCCCUGUUACGUAGCUCAUGUGCAUCCUGAAGCUAGUUCUACUAAGCAAGUUGCUUCGCAUCUGUUAGAGUCUAUGAUGAAAAUUCAAAGGAGAGGUCCUUAUACUUUAGUUGGAGAGACCUGGAGCGGAGGGUUGGCUAUUCUUUUGGCGAAGCUUCUCACUGAUGCAAAGCAGGAAGUAUCCUUGUUCCUCUUGCAGGGGGUACCUCAAAGGUUGCUCUCACUGUUACCACCCAGAGAAUCCUUGAAUGCUCACCUCAUAAAAUUACUGUUCGAGCUCGAUGAAGAGAAAAGCUCAGAAGUAUUUGAAGAACUGGACGAGACUAAAAGAUUUGACAGAGUGGUAAAGUCAUUUCCGUUUAACAAAAAUUUCUUGCGAAGAUCCUUCAAUGCUAUUCAGCGUCAAAUAGAAUCAUUGAGAAGCUCUCAAGACCACUCCAUUAGCCUAAAUAAUGAUAUUUUCCUAAUGGAAGUGUCCCAGUAUUGUAAAUUGUCAGUCAUCGAGGUGGAAACGAUGUCCGAGAAAAGAGUGCAGCUUGUGAAAAUCGACUGUGAAAACUACAAGAAAAUGCUGUCAAAUCCACAACUUUCCGCUAAAAUCGCUGAAGAGGCACCAUUCACCUGGUGAUGACAGUUCAAUUGAACUUCGGCCGAUGCACCAAUAAUGCGGGCUGAUAAAGUUUGCUGAAAUUUACGGACUAAACAAAAUAUUAAACUUUCAAGGCUCCAGCCUUAAAUUGUAAGUCAGUGAUCUGAAGAAUGCUCCCAGAAAAUUUUAGGUAGCUUCAAAGAAUAAUUAAAGUGGUUUGUAAAUAGUGCGAUACUGAGUAAAACUUAUGUGAAGAGAAGGAUGAAAGUUGGCAGACUUGUCAGUUUAGAAAUGUUUGCA